AUGUUCAAGUUAGUUGUCAGCGCAUUGGCGUUGUUGGCAAGCACCACAGCCAUCGACUGUGGCGCCAAAGAGUUGUCUGCAUACAACUUCGAAUCCUUCAAGGGUAUUCACUCGCUUUCCGUGUUGAAAGAUACUCCUCCAUCCCACACCAACAACACCUGGUACUUCGGAGUGUGUGACACCAUCAACGAAGGCGUCGACAAGUGCCCACGCAACUCAGACAUUUGUGGCAUCACCACCAUCAGCGUGGACAAGCAGGAGGUUGUGUCGGAGGUGAUUGGGUUCAACUCCAACCUCCAGAAGGCGUACGAGCCGUUCGAUAAGGACAAUAGCCAGGGCAUAGUGAUCCGGUACAAGAACGCCAACUGGGGCGAGAACUUGGUGGAUGCGGAAAUCACCUUCACCUGCCCUGGCUCUGGUGACAAGGACGCGUUGGACGUGUUCCAGUUGGACAAGUGGGAUGGCGAUGUGCUCCAAGUGUCGGUCAAAACCAAGGCCGCGUGCAUUACCGACAACAAGCACAAGGACAAGCCGUCCACGCGUCCCAACGAUAACGGCGAGUCGUGGGGCUGGUUCACCUGGAUCUUCAUCUUUAUGGUGUUGUUCUUGAGCAUCUACAUAGUGGGGGGUGCGUGGUUCCAGUACAACAAGGGCAACUCCAUCGACUUCCAGACGGCGCUCAAGGAGGUGUUGGAGAACUUUGUCGACCUUCUCCGCGGCUUACCUGCGUUUGUACGCGAAAUCGUGGAAAAGGUCACUGGCAACGGCAAUCGAGGCGAGUACAGUGCUGUAUAG